GUGAGCUACAGCUCACAUCUAAAAUAUUUUGUGUACAAAAAAAUCGAGGGGAAAAAAUAACAGUUUUUGGCUGUAACUAUUUCGUAAGUGCUUCGUUUCAGAUUCAACAUUUUGUUGAACAACCAGCAGCGGCAGCAACAACAACAGACAGGAUCUCCGCGCGGGAGGAGGAACAGGAGGCGUGGAGAGGGAGGAGGAGGAAGUGGAGCAGGAAGAGUGGGAGCGAAGUUGGCUUUGUCUUGCGAGGAAGCUACCGCUGCUUGUCCAUGCCGAGCACGUCCUUUAACUGCAGCUUACGCGUCUGACAGCACGCAACUCGAUCACCCAUGUAUCCUUCAGCAGCAGCCAGCCAGUAGAGAUUGCCCCCAUGUCGGACCCGGUGCUGCCCAGCGAGGAGCUGUGCUCCUCAGAGUGGGCCAGCCCCAUGCCCAAUGCGGACAUCUCCAGCACAUCCAGCAUGUCCUUGGCCUCCACUGCGCUGGAUUUGAUCCACAAUGGUUUCCCGCUCAUCGAACCGAGGAGUGCAGAAGCUGAGCAGGGAUCGCAGGUGGAGCCAGUGGUGGAAACAACAGACCCGGGACCACAAUCCCCACCAGAACCCGAGGCUGAGCACAUGACAGAGCCUUCAGUUGAGCAGCCAGUUCAACUGCCAGCAGAUCCUCCAACGGAACCCUCAGCAGAUCCUCCAACGGAACCCCCUGCAGAUCUACCAGCAGAUUGUCCAGCAGAUCUUCCAGCAGAUCUUUCUGCAGAUCUUUCAGCAGAUCUCCCAGCAGAUUGUCCAGCAGAUCUUCCAGCAGAUCUCCCAGCAGAUCUUUCAGCAGAUCUUUCAACAGAUCUUUCAGCAGAUCUUUCAGCAGAUCUUUCAGCAAAUCUUUCAGCGGAUCUCCCACCACAUCCCGCAGUACAUCUGUCACCACAUCCCCCAGCAGAUCCCCCAGCAGAUGCACCAGCCGAUCCUCCAGCGGAUCCGCCAGCAGAUCCCGCAGCAUGUAUCCCUGCAGAUAUCCCAGCACAUCUCCCACCGGACCUCCCACCAGACCUUCCACCGGACCUCCCACCAGACCUACCACCAGACCUCCCACCAGAUGCGCAAGAAAAUCCCCCAAAAGCUCCUUCAACAGAGCUCCCAACCAAUCUUCCGCCAGAUCCGCCAACAAAUCCGCUAACAGAAUCCCUUGAAGAGCCACAACCGGAGACACCAAACGGCAGUCUGGACACACAGGCGCACUCCCCACUGCAGACGCCAUCGAGUGUGCUGGACGCGUCCAACGGCGUCAAGAUGUCCCCCGACGCCCCCGUGUUCUAUCCCAUGGGCACCAGACUAGCCCGCAUCCUGUCCAGCGACGAGGAGCCACCCCGGAGCCACAGUGCAGCGCGCAGCUCGGCACCGCGGAACUCCUUCGAGUUUGGCCUCGCCAACGGAACGGGCCCGUACAUCGGACCGGGCAGCGAUAUUCCACGGAGCUACCACUUCGUCGAUCCGGCCAGCGGCGAGCGCAACUACAAUAGCUUCGGCUUGGGCAUGAACUACGAUGGACGUCGCGGUGACGGAGUCUCUUCCGAACGGCGAGAGUCGGACGACCCAGCAGCGGAAGCCACAGGGGAUUCCUGGGGAUCCUACUACUACGGCAGUCCGCGCGCCAGGCCACCAGACGAGACUGCCUCGCCGGAGGCCACUGGCGGAGCGGGUGCGUCGUCGUUGCCCAGGACGAACAACAUUCGCCAUUUCCUCACCGAGCCAACGGAGGCCAGAACGUCGCCCGAGUUCCCGUCCUUCGAGUCCUUCGCCGGGCAGCUGGACGAGAUGGGGGUGCAACGGGACGAGUUCAUGGCCACGCUGCGCAACCUGCUGAUACGAGCCAAUGACCUGCUGCUGCCCCUACUCCAGGGGCCCUUCAAGUACAUGACGCCCAUCCAGAUGGCCGAGUACACCAGCGCCAUUCUGGAGACACCGCCGCUGCAUCCGAGCAUCUUCAUGCCACCGAAUGUGCCACGUCCCUGGACGGGCCUCACUGGUCUCCAGCUGCCCUUCGACAUCCAUCCGAAUAGCCUCACGCCCGAGGAUCUGGCCCGCAUCCAGGAAGUGCCCAAGUCAGUGGACGCCGCCACUCAGACGGAAUCCCGCUGCAUGUGCAUGUUCUUCACACAGGGAGGAGGAGCCGCGUCGGCGGCUGUGCCACCGCCACCGCCACCGCCUUGUCCGCCUGGACCACCGCCUGGACCACCGCCUGGACCACCGCCUGGUCCACCGCCUGCCUUCUAUGCGGGAUCACCUAUUAACACUCCUCGAAUGCAUAGGGCACCCGGCGGAGGAGGAGGAGGAGGAGGACCCAGUGGACCGAGAAUACCGCCGCCAUAUCCGCCAGUUUCUGCGCCAGGUGCCGCACAGAGUGGUGCACCACCGCCGCCACAACAGCCCUUUGGCUUCUGGGGCAGGCCCAUGCCAAUGGCCAUGCAUCCCAAUCAUGUUCCGCAUCCUGCAUCUCAUCGCAUGCCCCGGCCGCCGCAUCCGCAUCCGCAGGCCGCCUUUCCGCAUCACCAUCCACCGCCGCCUCCUCCGCAUCCGCAUCCCCAUCCGCAUCCUCAUCCCCAUCCGCAUCCCCAUCCGCAGACGCAUCCGCAUCAGCAUCCCCAUCCGCAUCCCCAUCAGCAUCCCCAUCCGCAUCCCCAUCCGCAUCCCCAUCCGCAUCCCCAUCCACAUCCCCAUCCACAUUCCCAUCCGCAUCCGCAUCCGGGAAUGCAGGCGGCUCAUCCGAUGGCGCCGACGCACAGUUCACACCACCGGCUGGGUGGAGCAAUGCGCUACCACGAGGGAGGGUAUCGGGGCUACCGCUUCCAAGGUCCCUACAGUCCGCGCAACCAGGCGAACCCAUGUCGCUAUGGUCCCAUCGGCAGUGGUCGUCCCAGCCAGUCUGGUGAUGGCAACUAUGCGAACUACAGCAAUGGAGGAGCACCGCUCUAUGCGAGCACACCGAGUGGCAGCCAUCAGAUGGCGCCUGGUGUGUCCCAUCCCCGCGUCCGCUUGGUCUACCCCAUUGACAUUGAGCAGCUGAGACUGAAUCUGGAUCCGCCGAGCGACGAGACGAAUGCAGAUAGGCAGGAGGUACCGUCAUCCUCAUCGGGCACCGAGUCGUCGAACACCGAGAACACCGAGAACUCCAGCUUGCUGCAGUGCGUCGAGAUGGAGCGCCAGGAUAGCGAGGAGAGCAGCUAUGUGGAGGAUGAGAACGCUGGCGAAGAGGACGAAGCCGAAGAGGAGGGAGAGGAGGCUGACGACGACGAAGACGACGACGAUGAUGAGGAGGAGGAGGAUGAGGAUGAGAACGAGGAUGCGGAUGCCGAUGCGGAGGUCACGGAACCGGAGCGCAAUGGCAGCGUGUUCCAGCAGCGGCCCAGCACGCUGUCCAUUUCCGAUUCGCGGAGUUACAGUUUCGGUGAGGUGGAGUUCAUGAACUACGUGAUGUCGGAGACACCCAUAUUGCCCAAUCCCGGCCAGCAUCAUCAUGGUUCUGGCGCCGCCUACACGGAGCACUAUUCGCCGCAAACCCCGCGCGGCAACCUGCCCUGCGCCCAGGUGACACCCAAUGUGAUUCCACCUCAUUUCCCAGCCCAUCGUCCUCCUCCGCGGGAUCAGUCCGAUCCGCAGGUGCUGCCUCCCCUGCCCCAGAUGCCGCCAAUGCCGCCGAUACCUCCAAUGCCAGAGCCCGUUGGCGUCUCUUCCCAUCCCCAUAGAGGCCGGGCUAAGAUGCCCUCCACUUCCAAGGAACACCACUACAGUAGCAACCAGUUCAAUCCGAUGUACGGCCCACAGCAGCGGCCCAAUCCCGAGUACAGUGCAGCUGUGUUGGGCCAGGAGCAGCCGGGUACCAGUGGCAUUUACAUGCGGCCACCGCCGCCACCACAACCACCACCACCGCCACAGAUGUACCCGAUACGGCAGGAGCGGCCCAUGGCACCGAUCCUGUUCGAGGUGGGCGGCAAUCUCGGCCACAGCGCCGGCCCGCCCAUGAUGCAGAACGUCAAUGGUGGCGGGUAUGGGCAUGGUCGUGGUCGUGGACACGGGCCAAGUCCCAGUCGUGGCACCCAUGGCCAGAAUCCCUACGCACAGAUGAACCAUCCAGCGCUACACCAGCCGCAUCAGCCGCAUCCGUCGCAUCAGCCGCAUCAGUCGCAUCAGCCACAUCAGCCACAUCAGCCGCAUCAGCCGCAUCAGCCGCAUCAGCCGCAUCAGCCGCAUCAGCAGCAUCCGCCACAUCCGCCGCAUCAGCCACAUCCACCGCAUCAGCCACAUCCGCCGCACUAUGGAAUGCCCUUCAACGGCAACAUGGGCCCGGGUAUGAUGGCUCCACACAUACGCGGCGGUCCGGCGGUGAACCAUAUGAACCAGGUCGGCCACAUGAACCACAUGGGCAGGGGCAUGGGCAUGGGCGUCGGACUGCUGCCGCUGCCGCUGCAGAUGCUCAGUCCAAGUCGGAUGGAGCAGCCCGGCAUGGGCAUGGCCAUGAACAUGCCACCGCCCAGUCACAUGAGUCCACGGCACAGUGUCAAUCCCUAUCACCAGAGUGCCAGCAACCCGGACACGAACAAGAUUCCGCCAUCUGGCGGACCUGGAAGAGUCAACUCGAGCAAUGGCGGUGCUGAGAUGCAGCAGCACAUCAGAGUUGCUACCGAUCCUCGCCAGAGUUUCGAAGGCCAUGCGGGUGUGGCACGUGGCCACACGCCACGUAAUCGCGCAUCGAGGUAUUCCUCGCCAGCCACGCCCAGAUCCAUUCCCCGAAAUGGAGCUCCUGUCCAGGCUGUUCAGGCUGUUCCGGAUGCCCAGGAUGUCCAGAAUGUCCAGGCUGUUCAGGCUGUCCGGGAUGCUCAGGAUGUCCAGGAUGUCCAGAAUGCCCGGGAUGGUCAGGAUGUCCAGGCUGCGCAGGAUGUCCAGGCUGUGCAGGAUGUCCAGGCUGUGCAGGAUGUCCAGGCUGUCCAGGAUGCCCAGGAUGCCCAGGAUAGCCAGGAUGGUCAGGAUGCCCAGGCUGUCCAUGAUGCCCAGGAUGGCACACUCAACAACAACCAGAACAGCAACAACCAGAACAACAACAACCAGAGCAACAACAGUCCGCAGGAUAAGAACCUGCAGCCAUCCUACGCCUCCUUGCUGCACUGAAAGUGGAGCAGGAGAAGAGUUUAUUUGUUGUUUUUUUUCUUUUUUCUUUUACUUUCAAAUUCCUCAUGUUUCUUUUAUUCGGUUAAAUAAAAAACACGCACACUGCGGUUGUCUUCCAU